ACCCCGAAAAUAAUGAACCAAUAACAAAACAUGCUGUCAGAUCCCGCGGUUGCGCAUGCGUAGAAAGCAUAUUGAACAUGAGACGGCCAUUUACACCAUAACAAAAAGAAUACUAAGAAGAAAAGCAUAAAGAUACAGAAAUGACUGGCAGAGCAAGAGGAAGAGCUAGGGGCAGAGCUCGUGGAACUGCAGACGACUCGUCAAGUCGACCAGGAGAAGCACAAAGUCAACAACCACCACCUCAGCCGGUACAAGUUGUUCCUCAGUCUGACAAUGGAGGACCACCACCAGCCAGUGGACGUGCAUCUUACAGAGGCGGAGCUAGAGAGCCAAGACCCGGAAUGGCUGGAGGAGAGGGUAUGAAAGCGCCAGCUGAGGAAAUGGCUCAGCUGGCAAUUGGAGGCGAGCAGGGAGAUAGGAGGAGGAGAGGUCCAAGGUUCGAGGAGCCGCACACUCGGCCAGCUCAUGUCACGGACAAGACAGGCACGUCUGGAAGACCCAUGCCUGUAAUGACAAAUUACUUCAACCUGGAGCAAGCUCCUGACUGGCACUUGUACCAGUAUCGGGUGGACUAUAAGCCAGACAUAGAUUCGAAAAAGCUUCGGAUUGCGUUGCUCUGCUCUCAUGAGCAAUUGCUUGGAAAAACGAAGGCAUUUGAUGGAAUGACACUUUUUCUUCCAAAGAAGUUGCAAAAUCCUGUAACUGAAGUAUAUUCAACACGUCAGUAUGAUAAUGAGAAAAUCCAGAUUACGAUCAAACUGACCAAUGAACUGCCACCAAGUUCUCCACAGUGUAUCCAAGUAUACAAUAUAAUCUUUAGAAGGGUCCUAUCCAUGAUAGAGAUGAAACAGAUCGGAAGGAACUACUACAAUCCAACCUUAGCUGUAGAAAUCCCUCAACACAAACUGAAAGUGAUGCCUGGCUUUAUCACAUCUAUUCUUCAGUAUGAGAACAGUGUUCUUCUGAACUGUGACAUAUCACAUAAGAUUAUGAGAUCAGAUACAGUGCUAGACAUUAUGUAUGACAUGUAUAAUAGAAGUGGAGACCGUUUUUAUGAUGACUGUACAAAGAAGCUUGUAGGUCAGAUUAUUCUUACCAGAUAUAACAACAAGACGUAUCGUGUGGAUGACAUUGACUGGGACAAGAGACCUCUCCAUACAUUCAAACUAAGGGAUGGCUCAGAAAUCAGUUACAAAGACUACUAUCAAAAGAGCUAUGGUAUAGAGGUAACAGAUACUGAACAGCCACUGCUAGCAUCUAAACCAAGUGCAAAGGACAGAAGACGUGGUGUAACCGACAACCUUUAUUUCCUACCAGAGUUGUGCACUUUAACUGGUCUUAGUGAUGAUGCUAGAGCAGAUUUCACAGUAAUGAAAGAUGUUGCUGUGCACACAAGAAUUGCUCCAAGUGGAAGAGAAAAAACACUGAGUGGUUUUAUUGCCCAAAUAAAUAGGAAUCAGAAGGUUAGAGAAGAGAUGGGUGGCUGGGGUCUCAAGUUUUCAGACUCGCUGGUGACGCUUAAUUCACGUGUGAUGCCACAGGAAAAGAUCUUUCAGAUGGGCGGAGAGUUGUCCUACAAACAAGAAGAUGCUGACUGGUCAAGGGAUAUGAGAGGAAAGCAGUUAAUUACCUCAGUUAAUCUCACCAAUUGGGUUGUCAUAUUCACCCGAAGAAAUAAUGCACAGGCUCAGGACUUUGUUCAAACAUUGAGCCGUGUUGGACCUCCUAUGGGGAUGAAGAUCAGUGGACCACAGCCUGUCGAGUUGAAUGACGACAGGAAUGAAUCAUACCUUGGAGCGUUACGACAGAAUAUUGAUCCACAAACACAGCUUGUUAUGUGUAUUGUUCCUACAAACAAGAAAGAUAGAUAUGAUGCUAUCAAGAAGUUUACAUGUGUAGACCAUCCUGUGCCUAGUCAGGUGAUUGUAUCCAGAACUUUAUCCAAGAAGCAAAUGAUGAUGAGUGUAGCUACCAAAGUUGCAAUCCAACUCAACUGUAAACUUGGUGGUGAGGUCUGGGCCUUAGAUAUUCCUUUGAGGAAUCUGAUGGUAGUUGGUAUCGACAGUUACCAUGAUUCUGCCAAGAAAGGCCGUUCUGUAGGUGGAGUGAUCGCAUCAAUGAACCAGGCAUUGACAAGGUUUUACUCGAGAUGUACAUUCCAAACCUCUAUGCAGGAAUUGAUGGAUGGUCUUAAAAUCUGCAUAAAAGGUGCCUUAGAGAAGUUUCACGAAACAAAUGGAUGCCUCCCCGAGAGAAUCAUUGUGUAUAGAGAUGGAGUUGGAGAUGGACAGUUGCCAACCGUGGCAGAACAUGAGGUACCUCAGAUGCUUGAAGCCUUUAGGAAAGCUGGAGGACAGAACUAUGCUCCAAAGGUUGGAGUGGUUAUUGUGAAGAAGAGAAUCAACUCUAGAUUCUUUGCAAGGGCAGGGAACAACCUAACAAAUCCACCACCUGGUACAGUCAUUGAUAGUGUUGUUACCAAACCAGAAUGGUAUGACUUUUUCCUUGUGUCUCAGUCGGUAAGACAGGGAACAGUGACACCAACACAUUACAACAUCAUUCACGACAACACUGGACUGAAACCAGACCAUAUGCAGCGCCUUACUUAUAAACUCUGUCAUCUCUACUAUAACUGGCCGGGAACCAUUCGAGUACCAGCACCAUGUCAAUAUGCUCACAAGUUAGCAUUCUUGGUUGGACAGUCCAUACAUAAAGACCCUGCCAUUGAGCUGUCAGAUCGCCUCUACUUCUUGUAAAACAACCAAGACUACAGGACAUUCUGUGCCUCUGUGCAAGUUUGGCAGCAGAUAAAACUUGUUUGACGCAAUUUGCCACACAUUGUGUUCAAGAGGAUUGAAAAUAUGUCAUAGUUCUGAGAUUAUAGCGCGGUAGUGAUAUUGGACAGCAUGGUCAUUGUUGUUUGAAAAAUAAGCUGCCUAUGUUUGAAGGGAUUUGACCUGGCUAUAUUAAGAUAUUGGUGGCAUGUAUUAAAAGUUGGUAAUUUUUUUUUUUUUAACUCUGUAGAUACGAAGUGCUGACAAUGGGAAGGUGCUAAUUAAAUUCCAUUCACAGGUAGUGAUCAAUAUAUAUGAAGUCGAAUAAAACUAAGGGAUGCUGUGAUAUAUCAUCCGAUUCACAGAGUGAUAAAUUUGUGUGAAGUCAAUGAAAGUAAGGGAUACUGUGAUAUAUCUCCAUAACAGUUACAAGUUUUCCAGCAGGGAAAAUCUUCCACGCUGACAUUGUCAUGGUGUUUUUGUUUCCACCUUUAAACAGCGUUUGUUUAUCUUUUUCAAGGUAAAUAUAAUGAUCUCAAAAGACCACAAAAUCGUCAUUCAUCAAGUUGGUACAUCACUUUCAUACAUAGUGUUUCAAUACCUUUCAUACAUUCUGUUCUUCAUAUUCCAUUUAAAGAAUGGUUUUAAGGAGAUGCAGGCUUUCACAAAAGCAAGAAUCUCGACAGUUUUAAGUUUUUCUUUUUAUGAGGAAAGUGUAUUUGUUUGUUUUUAUGAGGAAAGUUUAUUUGUUUUAUCUCCAUCAAAGUUAGACACAAUAUGCUUUAGUUAGCUUUCAUAUGCUAGUUUUUAGUUUAGUUUAGUUUAGUUUUAGUUAAGUUUUUGCAUUACAACUUGUUAUUAUUGCAUUCAUCCUACACAUCAUGUUUAGAGUAGCUUUUCAUCAUUUUGGGAGAAAUGUUUUUAACCGAGUUGAGGUUUUUCCUGAACUUCAUAAAGUUAUGCUAGAAACUAAGCUGUGUAAUCUUUGUGAAGUUGAGGAGGAAUAUGGUUCUUGAAUCUGCAAAUAUCCAGAUUGUUACAUUUUAAGCUGCACACGUGUUUGGAGUCGUCAGAAAAUGAUUAAUGAUUUCAUGUAUUCAGGAACUUGCAUAUUUCCUUACAUUAUGAAAGAACAAUUAUUACAUUAAUGUUGCAUGUGAUUCAGUGUGCAAAAAAACACUUCUGUCAUGCUUGCAUUGUGCAGUUGUGAAUCUUGUUAGCGAAGUAGUGUGAAAAUUUACAGAAUGAUUAUGUUUAUGUUAAGUUACAUAAUUAAAGUAAAUACAGCAAUAAUUCAUUGCUUCUUAUUUCUUUCAAGGUAAAUGCUCAAGUUUGUUAGAAAGUAUGAAAAUGGAUAUAUAUUUACUUAAUUCAAUAUUUUUUUCACAAAGUAAUUGUUUUGACCAAUUAGAUGCUGUUUCAUACUAUGAAUUUUAAUGUUGCCUAAAACUAAAUAUAUACUCUCUAUGUUCUGGUUUUCUCUUCUUGUAUCAAUUUCCAAGGCUAUAAAAUGAACAUCAGUAUAUUAUCAUAUUUGUAACCAAAUCAUAUAUAACAAGACUUGAUAUUUCUUUAUGUACAUAUUGAUUGUAUUCAUGGUUUUGGGGUGUAUUGGUUGCUAACACUAAAAUUAAGAGGUUUCUCGAAAAGAUGGCAGUUUUAUGAAAACCAACUAAAUCUAUGAUUGCAGAGUUUAUUUCAUUAAAUCUGUCGGUAAUGGGAAUUCUUAUUUUGGUAUUUGGGUUUACUUUGUAUCUAUUGUACAUACUUAAAUAAAAAUGAAUUUGUUUACCCAUAACUUUGAGAACAAAAUUUGGUGUGAAAGUACAUCUAUUUGUCAAACACACAUUGGUAAAAACCAGUUGAAAAUUCGUAACUUGGAGAAAAAGUUGGUGUGAAAGUAUUUCUAUCUGUCAAACAAUUGAAUUUGCAUGUGAUCAUCUCUUUCAUGUACCAUUUUGCAGACCUGGAAUUCUCAUCAAUAACUUGUCUCAAAUCUCGGGAAGUAUUUCUCUGUUGUUAAAUAUUCAAAUGAAUAAAUCAUGACUUUAUAGA